UGACCACGCCCCCAAGUGUUGGUUUCCAUUUCGGAGCGAGUAAAGUUUGUUGGUGUCAACAGCUGUACGCGUUUUCAUUAUUUUAAGCUUUUUUUUUUUUUUUUUCGUUUCGACUGGACCUGUGGAUUUAACUCAUGUUGGGAUAAUAAGGAAUUAUGGUGGUGAAUUCCGUGCACUGGUUUCGUAAAGGUCUGAGGCUGCACGAUAAUCCGGCGCUGCAGGAGGCCCUAAAUGGAGCAGACACUGUCCGCUGUGUUUAUAUCCUGGACCCCUGGUUUGCUGGCGCAGCUAACGUAGGAAUCAACCGAUGGAGGUUUCUGCUGGAGGCGCUGGAGGAUCUGGACAGCAGUCUGAAGAGACUCAACUCCAGGCUGUUUGUCGUCAGAGGGCAACCUACCGAUGUGUUUCCCAGGCUUUUUAAGGAGUGGAACGUGACCAGACUGACGUUCGAGUAUGACCCAGAGCCUUAUGGGAAGGAGAGGGACGGCGCCAUCAUCAAGGUGGCCCAGGAGUUCGGAGUGGAGACCGUGGUCAGAAACUCGCACACACUCUACAACCUGGACAGGAUAAUCGAGAUGAACAACAACAACCCUCCUCUGACCUUUAAGCGCUUUCAGACCAUUGUGAGCAGGCUGGAGUUGCCACGGAGACCACUGCCUCCCAUCACCAAACAACAGAUGGACAGAUGUUGCACUAAAAUAGCCGACAACCACGACCAGCUUUACAGUAUUCCCUCACUGGAAGAGCUAGGUUUUAGGACAGAGGAUUUGCCUCCAGCUGUGUGGCGGGGAGGAGAAUCGGAGGCCUUGGACCGACUCAAUAAACAUCUGGACAAAAAGGUGUGGGUGGCCAACGUGGAGCACACCCGGGUCAACACCUGCUCGCUGUACGCCAGUCCGACGGGCCUCAGCCCCUAUCUGCGCUUCGGCUGCCUGUCCUGCAGAGUUUUAUACUACAACCUCAGAGAGUUCUACAUGAAGCUCCGUAAGCGCUGCAGUCCUCCUCUGUCCCUGUUCGGCCAGCUCUUAUGGAGGGAGUUCUUCUACACCGCUGCCACCAACAACCCCAACUUUGACCGCAUGGAGGGAAACCCCAUCUGCGUCCAGAUCCCUUGGGACCAGAACCCAGAAGCUCUGGCCAAGUGGGCUGAGGGGCGGACCGGUUUCCCCUGGAUAGACGCCAUCAUGACGCAGCUGAGGCAGGAGGGCUGGAUCCAUCACCUGGCCCGACACGCCGUGGCCUGCUUCCUCACCAGAGGAGACCUGUGGAUCAGUUGGGAGAGCGGCAUGAAGGUGUUUGAGGAGCUGCUGCUGGAUGCAGACUGGAGUGUGAAUGCAGGCAGCUGGAUGUGGUUGUCCUGCAGCGCCUUCUUCCAGCAGUUCUUCCACUGCUACUGUCCUGUCGGCUUCGGACGGAGAACCGAUCCCUCAGGAGACUACAUCAGGCGUUACAUCCCAAUCCUGAAGGACUACCCCAACCGGUACAUCUAUGAGCCGUGGAACGCCCCCGAGUCUCUGCAGAAGGCAGCAAACUGUGUGGUGGGAGUGGAUUACCCCAAACCAAUGAUCAACCACGCAGAGAGCAGCAGGCUCAACAUCGAGCGCAUGAAACAAGUCUACCAGCAGCUGUCUCAUUACAGAGGACUCAGUCUGUUAGCGUCUGUACCGACGAUCCAGGAAGAGGCAGAGCCACUGAUGACGGACGAGUCGCAGACCAGCAGUGGUCCUGACUCUCCUCCCAGAGAUGCUGCUGACUAUGAAGCAGCUGGAUGCUCGACGGCUCCGGAUUCCUCCACCUCAGUCCCUCAUCCAGAUGAGGAGGAUGCAGCCGACGAGCCCAGCCAUCCUUCCUCCCCGGCCUGCAGUCCUUCCUCCAGGUCCAAACCCAGUUCCCCUUCCUCCUCCUGUUCCACAUCCUCCAUGUGUCCCAGCCCGUCUGCUGCCCUGACUCAGACCUCCUCUGUGGGGUCGAGGAGGAAAAGUGUCGCUCGUAAGGUGCGGCGUAGCCAGAGGCAACGAGGGCGACAGUGUUGCCUGGCAACACCCAGAGAGGAGGAGAGGGGGGAGGCAGAAGAGGGGGAGAGGAUGGAGGAGAGCGUGGUGGUGGAGGAGAUGACAGGAUAACAGGAUUGAUAUCAGGUGGAGCUCCAGAGAACAAUCUGCAAACAUGAUCCAGACACGUGGACGUAGACAGGCCAGCGUUCUGGACAACGUGGACACAAAACAACUGGAACCAGAGCAGAAACAUUUUACUCUCAUUUACUCAAACCAGGAAGUGAAGGAGAUGCCGUCCAGAGGAGCGUCUGCAUGACUCCUCUCAGUUUCUCACAUCGAAUCUUUAACAGGGUUCUGCACGCAACCCGGUCCGAUCCGAAGCCCGCUGUCUCUGCUAGGGGGACAGAGCAGGAAGACCAAUGCAGCUGUAGGUUUUUGACUCAUGACCAUGUUCCCCGAGUUUCCUGAAGCACCCACAGAACAUGGAGGUUGUUCAUCUGCAUACACCCGAACCAGUUCAUUCUGGGUCCUUUCAGACCAAAAACAGACGUUCUCCUCUUCUCAGGCAGCACCCAGGGGUGGGGUGGGGGGGGUCUUUAUGUCGCUGUUUGUUUUGUUGCUUCGCUCCAGUACAAAAGAUAAAAACAGACUUUUUUUAAAAAUAUAUGACGUGGAACGUUGUCCUGUACUACCAUAGGAAGGUAAAAACGUGUUUACAGAACAUCAGACCUCCGAUGAGGAGCUUCACACAGACUCCGACGCCGGGUUCGGACUACGGAUUGACGGCAGCUCAGACCGUGUGAUCAAGUUUCACAUAAUACUAACAUCUGUUUUUACCGCAUGUUCAGGUCCGGCUGCUCGUCAUUGGACAGUUUGGCUUCGCAUGUUAAUUAUCAUCAAUUCCUUCUGAACACCAUCAAAUCCCCCCAUUGGACCGGUUUUAAAAGAAACUUUUCUCCCAGUUUUACUGCCAUAAUAAAAACUGUAGGAAUGAGCUCCCAGAAAGAAAAAUCCGACACAUUUUGUCCUUUUUUCAGACGUCAAAGAUCAAACUGAAGACCUGAAGUGAAACAUCUGUCCCACGUCUUGGGUUUCCAGCCAAUCAGAGCAGAGCCACGUUACCCCCAGCAGGGUUUAAUGCCAUGUGACCUGGUGAGAUUCUCACCUUCGGGCAUCAUGUCCGGGUGUCUCUGCAGCAGUGCAUCACCAUCAGAUCUGAAAGUCUUCUUCACAGCCACACUUUGAACUUUGAGCACUUAAAUUUAAUCAUUCUAUAAAUUCAGUCUAAUUUAAUACCUGAAAUUCUUUCUGCACAUUCAGGUAUUAUGCAGAUUUUUUAACAAUAAAGCUGGAUUCACAGCUAAAAGCUCAAACUUCGAGCACUUUGACUUUCGUCAAAUUAAUAAGUUUUAUUUUCUAAGUUUGUUUAAACAAACAAAACAAACUAUCGGUCUAAAAGACUAAAACUGAAGUCAAACUAACAAUUUUGUUGCAUAAAUCACAAAAAUAAAGUAAAAACAUUCAAAAUCGUGUCCAGUUUUUUACAAUCUGCUAAAGAUUUCAAUUAAAAAAGAAAAAAAAGUAGUUUUACAUGAAAACAAAUUUUGUUUUUUUUUUCCAUUUUAAGCAUUAACAAUAAAAGAUUUUGCGUCUUCGAAAAUGGCUUCUGAAAAUAAAGAUGAAAAUUCACUGUCGAAGCUACAAACUUUCCAAUUUAACCCCCUCAAAUCUAUAAAUAUUGAUCACUGUCUUUGCUAAAAUUGGCAGUUCAUUAGCUAGGUAUUAACCAGUUAUUUUGUAUGUAAUGGUCGGACUCCGUCGUUCCGGUACUUUGGUCUUUGCUCUUCCUUUUGAUGACAUCACACAGGUGGUAAACAGCGCAAGCUGUGAUUGGUUGGUAUUUCCGACACUUCUGGAAGUCUGAACCCGAUGUUAAGCCUCGGUUUCUGGAGGUAGAAGCUCCUUCGGUGUGUUUGGUUCUGCUUAAAAUCCAGAUGUUAAAUACAAUCACAGGAAUGAAACUUAUGUUUAUAUUUAAAGAUUCUGAUUCGAAGGUUUGGACAGAAUAUUUUUGCUAGCAGCGGUGUUUGUUAGGAAACAAAGGUUUUAUUAUAGUCCAUCAGUCCCCGUCAAGUGGUCUGUGAAGGUAUAGCAAAUUGCUAAUAAAAUGAGAUGAAACUACACAGCAGUAGAGGGUGUAGCUUUGCUGCAGGGAUAACGGGGAUGAAGGUGUGUCUUUGCCAUAAAUGUAUAUUUUUUUCUAGCAAAUAUAAAUGCUGCUUGUUGUGACCUGAAUGUAGAAGAAAAUUUGCUUUGUUCACCCCACAUAUUUAUCUGUUUGUACAUAAAAUGUGUAAAACUUGAA